AUGAGUUGCGAUCGCCCUUUUAAGCGCCGCAAGAUCAUCAUGGAGAACGCCGCGUACGAGUUCCACCAGAUCCAGGACGAAGUCAAGAAGAUCACCCAGGAGAUCCCCGAGAAGGUUUUGACCGGUCACAGCUACCACGCAGCGGACGUGCACCAGUGGACGACCGACAUCUCAUCGCAGUGUCUGAAGGAGCUGAAGGGUGUGGCCAACGGCUCGGCCGGAUUCAAAUACAUUGUGAAUUGCACGAUCCUGCAGAAGAGGAACGCUGGCUACCACACCAACUCGUCGUGCUUCUGGGACGCUGAGCGUGACGUCUUCAGUAAAAUCUCAUCCAACGACGGUCGAGAAUAG